AUGUUAAGAAACAAAUUGGUACGGGCGCUUUCCGUACUUAACUUUGCAGUUGGUACCAUCGCCUCGAAUAGUUCAUGCAAGUGUGCACCUAAUGAUGCUUGCUGGCCAUCUACAAGUGACUGGCAGCAAUUCAAUGCUACUCUCUCGGGGAAGCUCAUCGCGACCAAACCGGUCGCUAUUUCCUGUUAUCCAGGUCCUGAUUAUGACGCAGCAUUGUGCGCCAGUGUCAUGGUGGACUGGUACAAGGGAGAAUGGAUGUCAUCGCACCCCACCGAUGACAUCGUCGCCGCCCUCAAGUUCGCAGAGGAGAAAAACCUGAGAGUCGUGAUCAAGAGCACCGGACACGACGUUCUCGGCCGCAGCGACGGCUUCGGCGGUUUGGAGAUUUGGCUUCGUUACUUCCGCAACGGCAUCACCCCGCAAACCUCUUUCCAGUCCUCCACCGGCUGCACAGCCUCAGGAUGGACCGGCAGCGCCAUGAAGCUUGCCGGCGCGUACAUGUGGGGUGAGAGCUACGCGGCCGCAAAGGAGAAUAACGUCGUUGUCGUGGGCGGAGGCAGCUCGACCGUCUGCAGCACGGGAGGUUGGAUGCAGGGCGGCGGCCACGGUCCGGCCAGCCAUACUUUCGGUCUCGGCGCUGACCAGGUGCUUGAGGCUGAGCUGAUCCUUGCCAACGGCACUGCUGUUACAGUCAACGCUUGCCAGCAUCAGGACCUUUACUAUGCCAUCCGUGGCGGAGGUCCCAGCUCGUACGGUGUUGUUGUGUCAACGAUUGUCAAGACGUACCCGCAAGUCACUGUGGCUGUUCAAAACCUCCAGUUCGCGGCCACUACCGGAAUCUCUAAAAAUGCUUUCCUGGAUGCACUUGCAACUCUUUACACCUCAAUCCCAGAGUUGGUGGAUGCUGGUUUCGCCGGCUAUGGCCACUGGCAGGAAGCUGAAGCCGCUGGCAAGGGUCUUCUCGACAAGAUUUACAAGUUCAACGACACCCUCUUUGUGAACUCGAGUUAUGUAGCUUAUGGCGACUACUGGACCUUCUUCGAGGAGGUUAGCGCCGAUAACAACCCCGUCGGCCUCAUGGCCGCCUCUGGAUCUCGCCUCCUCGAUACGGAAGCUGUCAGCAACUUUAAAAGCGUUCGUGGCCUGGUCGAGACCUUGGCCGGAAAGACGGGCGAGUAUGUCACAAAUGUUAUCUCUAUCGUCUCUGGCGGUCAAGUCUGGGCCGACGCAGCUCAGAAGUACUCCGCCGUUCUCCCCGCCUGGCGUACGGCCGUCUUGCAUCAGUCUGUCGCGCGUAUUCUCAGCCCCGGCGUCAGUGAUGCCCGCUUCAAGGAGGUUCAUGACGACGUCACGUUCAAUAAGAUUGGCGCUAUGAAGACUUUGGCUCCGAACAUGGGGGCGUACAUGAAUGAGGGCGAUGCUUUUGAUCCGGACUGGAAGGUGGAUUACUAUGGCGCCAACUACAACAGGCUUCAGUGCAUCAAGGAGUACUACGACCCUGGGGAGCUCUUCUACUGCCCAACUUGUGUGGGAAGCGAUAAGUGGCAAGAAGACUCCGUUGGACGUCUUUGCCGGGCGUAG